AGCUACAGCUUUGCACCAAGGACAAGGACACUAAUCGACCCUGACAAGAUUCUUCAAUGCGUGCGCCUAUAUAAAGGGACACCAAGGAUGGAAAUGUGCAUCACAUCUCGACCAGAAGGUUAACAGGAAACAUGCGAAAUCUAAGGACUAAAAUGAUCUGCUUGCUGCUCCCCUGGCUUCUGGUGACGAUCCCGCUCCUGGAAGGUGUCCCCACCAAAAGGGAGGUGCCAAUGAUAAUAUGUGGCGAGCAACUAACCAAUGAGUUGCGAAAAAUUUGCGGCAAUAGAUUCAACAAAGUGAUUAAAAAGUCACAGAACACUCUUAAUCUAUUUGAUUAUGUGGACCACCUGGAGGAUAAUGAAAGUGACAUUUUUGGUCCCAACCAGAACUUGGUGAUGCAAAACAGCCGCGUUAUACGGAAUGUUGCCUGGGAAUGUUGCACACACGGACCCUGCACCAGGAGUCACCUGGAAAGCUACUGUUCGUAGAUAGAGCGACUAACUUAGUACCUAUCAAGUUAUUCUGAUUAUACAACUAUUUAUAUCCCUGUUGAAAUUUCAUAUAAAUUAUACAAAGCUAAUAUAUUGCCCCACUGCUGCAAGACAAAGAAAGAAAUGUUUUUAUUAA